ACAAGUUACGCCUCCGUCUUGCAGGACGCAGACAGACCCUACUCUACGAUCGUGUACACGUAGUUCUUUCCUUGAGAGACACCAUGGCUCGCAAACGAGCGAAGCAUAGCAGUUGCUUAGUGUUUGGAUGUACAAAUGAACACAAAAGUCUAUAUUUUGUUCCUUCCUCCGAGCCGCUGAAGAACCAGUGGGUUAAUUUCAUUGUCUCUGGAAAUGCGCCAGUCUGCGCCAAACAUUUCACUGACGACUGCUUCCUCAACUUGGGCCAAUACAGAGCUGGACUUGCUCAACGUCUGAGAAUCAAGUCUGGAUCAGUACCAACUCUCCAUGGCUCAGCUACAAACCUCGAAAAAGCCAGCUCAUCAAGUGCUUACAUUCAGCAGCUUCUCUCAAGGGAUGUUGCCUGCCAGACAGACCACCUGGAAACACGUACUGUAGGCACACAGCUAUCCUUAAAGACUUUGCAGCCCCAUUUUAAAAGUGAAGAAGACUGCGAUGCCUUCGGAGACCGUAGCACUCAGUGUGGCGCCACCUCAGAGAUUCUGGGUGUGGACGCCCCUGGCUCCUCCCACAUGUCCAGUCACAGCGAGGGACUGCUGCAGACCCCAGACACCAUUUCAAUCAUGGUUGAAGAGGAUAUUGGUGAAGGCUUCCCCGCCCUAGAAGACGUCAAUGACAUCACAGACUGCAGCACGCAGCGCGGCGCCACCUCGGAGAGUCUGCGUCUGGACGCCCCUGGCUCCUCCCACAUGUCAAGUCACAGCGGGGAGUUGCGCAUCCUGACCGUUUACGGACAAUGGGAGGGCCCACUGGCGGUGAACGUCCAUAACACCCUUUUUGCCGCGUCAGAACCGGAGGCCUUGAGCUCGCUGUCCGCUGACCACAGCGUGGCCAAGAGCCUGAACUGCAGCGUGCGGCUCGUCCGCCUUGAGGAGCUGACUGGGCAGCAGGGCGGCCGCAAGGGCCGGCCCGGUGUCUUUUGUGGAAAGGUUAUUCCCAACAAGGCCAAUAUGAUCGUCCACAUGAGGACCCACAACGACAAGAAGCCCUACAAAUGUGACAAAUGCACAAAGCGCUUCAGUGAUAGCUAUGCCCUGAAGGUCCACAUGAGAACUCACUCUGGGGAGAAGCCCUACAGGUGUGACCAAUGCAUGAAGUGCUUCAGUCUGAAAGACACCCUGAAUAAACACAUGAGAACUCACUCUGGGGAGAAGCCCUACAGGUGUGACCAAUGCAUGAAGUGCUUCAGUCUGAAAGACACCCUGAAUAAACACAUGAGGAGUCACUCCGGGGAGAAGCCCUACAAGUGUGAGCAAUGCAGUAAGCGCUGCAGUCGGAGAGAUGCCCUAAAUAUCCACAUGAGGACUCACUCCAGCGAGAAGCCCUACAAGUGUGACCAAUGCAUGAAGUGCUUCAGUCUGAAAGACACCCUAAAUAUCCACAUGAGGACUCACUCCGGCGAGAAGCCCUUCAAGUGUGACCAAUGCCAGAUGCGCUUCAGUCAGAAUAACAUCCUGAAGAACCACCUGAGGACUCACACCGGCGAGAAGCCCUACAGGUGUGACCAAUGCCCGAAGUGCUUCAGUCUGAAAGGCAGCCUGAAGAUCCACCUGAGGACUCACUCUGUGGUGAAGCCCUACAAGUGUGACCAAUGCACGAUGCGCUUCAGUCAGAAAGGCACCCUGAAGAUCCACAUGAGGACUCGCUCUGGGGAGAAGCCCUACAAGUGUGACCAAUGCACGAUGCGCUCCAGUGACAAAGGCACCCUGAAGAACCACAUGAGGACUCACUCCGGUUAGAAGCCCUGCGCGUGUCUGCAGUGCAACGGCAGCUACAGCGACCCAAGCAAUUUGAGUGUGCACAUGCUCAAGCACACGGGCAAUGGGGUGCUUUCACACAGGGUAACGAGGCAAGAUUGAGACCUCUGUCCGGUAUUUGUCGAAAUUACUGCUUUUAGUUUUCCUUUCAACAUGAUUAAACACUUUCCAGCUUUUGA